AUGAGGUUCCACGUCAUCCAACUCGCCCUUCUCGGCGGCAUUGCCCUCGAGGCGGCUGCCAAGCCUGUCGUGCCCACAACGCACACGCUGCAUGAGCGUGCGGGCCAACAUUGGGGUCGUGACUGGAGGGUCAAGCAAAGACUGCCGCGCAAUGCCAAGCUGCCGAUGCGCAUUGGUCUGCAACAGUCGAACGAGGCUGUUGGCAGAGACAGACUUGAAGACAUCUCCAACCCCAAGUCGCCUAACUAUGGCAAGCACAUGACAGCCGAGGAGGUCCGACAGCUGUUUGCGCCGGCGCGAGAGACGGUGGAGACGGUGGUCGAGUGGCUCACCGACUCGGGCAUCCAUAUUGAUCGCAUCUCGCAGUCGUACAACAAGCAGUGGAUCCAGGUCGACCUGAGUGCCGACGAGGCGGAGAGCCUCUUGCUCACCGAGUACCACCUCUACGAGCACUCUGCCUCGGGUGCCCAUGACAUCGCCACCAGGGACUACCACGUACCGCGCCACAUUGCGCAGCACAUCGACUACAUCACGCCCGGUGUGCGUCUCCGCGCCGAUCCCAAGAAGACGGAGCUGGCCAAGCGCAGGUCCAACUUGCACAAGCGGACGAUUGCCAUGCACAAGGCGGAGAAGCUGCUUCCCGCCCUGCCGCAAUUGAAUGCUUCGACGUGUGCGACCUACAUCACCAACGAUUGUCUCUCAACCCAGUACCACAUUCCCCCCGGCAACAAAGCGAGCCCUGGAAACGAGCUUGGCAUCUUUGAGACACUCAAUGAUCACUACUCCAAGAAGGAUCUGGAUGAAUUCUUCGCGGCCCUGUACCCUAGGGUCCCGCAAGGCACGUACCCCGAAGAGCGCCUCGUGGACGGGGCCCUCGGAGCGGUCGAGACGCCCGGCGACCCGACUCUCGAGGUGGGCUUAGAGUCGAACCUCGACUUCCAGUCGGCGUGGCCCAUCAUCUGGCCACAGAAGACGGUUCUCUUCCAGGUGGAUGACCAGCCGGUGGAGAUUGCGGAAGCCAACCCCCUGCCGUACCUGGGCUUCUACAACACCUUUUACGAUGCUCUUGAUGGGUCGUACUGCAGCUACGCGGCCUUUGGCGAAACGGGCAACUGCGUGCGCCCGGAGUGUCUAGACCCCAGCUACCCCAACCCGGCCGAGGGCGGGUACAAGGGCGAGCUGAUGUGCGGCGUCUACAAGCCAACCAACGUCAUCAGCAUCAGCUACGGCGGCGGCGAGGCUGACGUGCCUGCCUCGUACUGGAAACGCCAGUGCAGCGAGAUCAUGAAGCUUUCGCUGCAGGGUGUCACCGUCGUGCAGUCAUCCGGCGAUUCAGGCGUAGCCAGCUACCCUGGCGACUUCGGCUUGCCAACGGGAUGCACCGGACCUGCUGGCACCGUAUUCUACCCAGCCUACAUGUGCCCUUACGUUUUGAGUGUUGGCGGCACCCAACUGGACAGCCGAAGCAACAGCACCACCAACAAGCCGGGCUGCAAGCUAUACGAGCGUGCCGUGACCCGUUUCCCCUCAGGCGGCGGCUUCUCAGACUACUUCGACGUGCCCGACUACCAAAAGGACGCAGUGCAGACCUACUUUGACACGACCCCCCUUCCCUUUGUCGGCUACACCACCCGCGACCCGGCCAAGAACUUCACCGACGUCGCGCCGGGUGUCUUCAAGAUCGGCGGAAGGGGCUAUCCCGACGUUGCCAGCGUUGGCGAUCGCUUCGUCGUCCGCUCCAACAGCACGUGGAACACCAUCGGUGGCACGUCGCUCAGUGCCCCCAUCUGGGCUGGCAUCAUCACCCGCAUCAACGAGGAACGUCUCGCCAAGGGCAAGAGCACCGUCGGCUUUGUCCACCCAACGAUCUACGCUCACCCGGAGGUCUUCACCGACAUCACCGAGGGCUCCAACCCCGGAUGCAAGUCUGGCGGAUUCCCGGCUGCCAAGGGCUGGGACCCUGUCACGGGUUUGGGCAGCCCCAAGUACGACCAGCUGCUGAAGGUCUUCAUGAGCCUGCCCUGA